AUGUUGACGCGCGCGGUGAAUAGGAGUAGGGGCAUUAUCGCACGCCGCAUGCAUACCGUGAAUCGCGUCGCGGCGCCAAUACUUCACGACUCCAUCAAUGCUACAGGCAACACGACCGCGCAGCAACUCCAUAAUGCCGAUCUGCAUCUCGCCCCCGUGCAAGGCGUGCACGCGCACAACCCCACAUGGAGCAUCCCAUACGUGCAGCCUGUGGUUAUUGGGUCGCGGAUGUCCGCGUUCCACCCACAGCAACUGGUCAACGGGCUCCACCUAGCACCGCGGUCACAUAUUCCUUUUGCGGUCGCGAUUCAAAAUCAGCAGGAUGAUCUGACCGCGCAUGGAGUAUCCGCGCCUCAUCCCGGACCACAGGUUGAUGGCCAACACACCGCGUCCCCGUCCGUGCCCACAAGCCAGCUCUUUGGGAUGCCUGUGCGUGGCUUCGUAGGGCCGCAGAACGCGAAUGUGGGAUUCCGGUACGGGUACAUCGGCGUUCAACCACCACCCACGGUGCACGCACCCGCGUCUGUCGCGACUCCUCCAGUCGGCCCGUCAACCCCAUUCCCCAACGCGAUCUAUCCGGAAAGCCAGCCAUCGGGGCAAGCCCCGCCAGACCCUAUAGAACCAUUAGUGGUCGGUGUGGAUACACAGCCGCGAACAGACGGCCCAUCAACGAACGCGAACUCCGCCGGGGUGAAUGGUGGAUCGGGAAUGAAUGCAAGCGCGCGUGCACAUUCGCCGCCAAUAUGGAACGUGAACUCACUGUUGCCGGGAAACCCGGACGUCCACAUCCGCACUCCCGCUCAACCGACCGCAGCGGACGCGACCGGUGUAGGUGGGCAACCACAGGCGAACGGGGGGAACUCGGGACGUAACGCGUGUGCAGGAGGAAACGCGGGAAGAGGAGGAGGGACUGAUGCAAGGGGAAACGCGGGAAGGGGAAGAGGGACUGGUGCGAGAGGGAACACGGGAAGUGGGACAGGUGCGAGAGGAAGGGGUGGGAGAGCGAGCACGGGACGUGGGACCGGUGUGGGAGGGAACGGAGGUAGUGCGAACGGGCGGAGAGCGACUGGGGUGACAGGCAACGGCGGCAGAGGUAACGGUGUUAACGCGACCGGAGGUACCGCGAACGUUCCAGCCAGUAAACCGCGUAUAAGGAGGCGGCGAGUCGAAGUCGUGCCGCACACUGCACGCAACGGAUCGAGGGAGGGGAGCGAGGGGCAAAGCGAUGAGGAUGACGAGGACGACUCUGACGAUGCGGACGACAGUUGGAAUGACGAUGACGAAAACUACCUGUCGAACUCGCUGUCCGCGCUCAACGAGGUGGAGGCGGAAGACAACGAACGGGUGCGGGGUACGCGAACGGACUUUGAGGUCCCCAUCGCGGAUUGGAACAGGCUUGGUGUGGACGACACGCCGGCCGCAAAAAGGGAGAUGUGCAUGGGCAUCCUCUACGGUGUCUCAGAGGCCACGCUGAAGAAGUAUCGCGGUUGGGCCAGAGAGUACAAGCUGUUCAUGGCGCACGAGCUGCCGAAACUGGACGCGAGCAGGUUCGGUGAGGAAGCAUCGUUGAGUAACGCGAACCCCGACGAGAUCGGUGCCGCGCUCGAGCAGAACAUGGGUAGUGACUGGAAGAUGGCGGAGGGCGUCGAGCAGUGGUUCCACGGCCCUGAGACGAAUCCGUGGCGCUUACGCAAAUACGUGACCUUCCUCGCGAACGAGACGGUCGCGCAGGCGGACAGGAUGGCUACACUCAAGCGGCCCGACAAGACCUUGAAGAAGAGACGCGUGCUCCCCUGCAAUGCUGAUGGGGCGUCUCAAGGCUCUGAUUGA